CGGAUAUCAUAGCCUUAAUUAAAAGAAACGACCAUUGUGUGAUCAUCAAAUGAAUACAUAUUUUGGGAGGCAACUAAUGUAUUAUUCAUUUAAUUACAACGGACAAGAAAAAUCCACAUGUGUAUAUAUACAUUAAAGUAGUUCUGAAAACCAGCUGCAGAGAUGGAAUCGCCCGAAAAGCGUCGAGACUGCUUCAAGGUGUUGGCUUUGAGGUGGCCCCCCUUCAUCUGGUGGGAGGGAAACCAAUCACCCGACCAACUGGGGGGAAGCAUGAAGGCGAUCAUGGACAUCUUCGCUUCUCAUCUCGGUUUCUGCUACAACAUCGUCGUUCCUCCGGGCGAAAACUGGGGAAACCGCGAGGAAAACGGGUCCUACUCCGGGAUGCUAGGGAUGAUGGUCCGAAGGGAGGUGGACAUGACCAUCGUGCCAGUGGGCGUGUCCGAGGAGCGUUCCCGCGCGAUGGACUUCAGCGAAUUCAUACUCAUGGACCGACAACACCUCAUCUUCAAGCGCCCAUUCCCUGAGGCCGACAUGGCGGGUUUCAUCAAGCCUUAUACACCCUGGAUGUGGUUCCUCAUUUUCGUGGCUGCCUUGGGGAUCUGCGGCGCCUUGGCAAUCGUCCACUUCGGCUACAAGAAACUCCUGCAGGAUUUGCACACACCUGAGGAAUUCGAGGAGGCAGACCUUGUCGUGGUACGAAGGACUCUGGCACAGGAUCUCUACAACUACGUCUUGUGGAUGUUCUCCUCCCUCAUCUUGCUUUCCGUGCCUUGGAAUCCUCGAGGAGUGCCAGUAAGAACGCUGACAGGAGUAUGGCUCAUUGUGGCCCUCAUCAUCAGCACGGUGUACCGCUCCAACCUCAAGGCUAUGCUGAUUCUGCCCAAGGUUAACUUACCUUUCACUACCAUCAGUGAAUUCCUGCAGACGGACAUUCCUUUAUAUAUCAUUGAAGGAAGCCUGGCUGAUCACUAUACUAAGGGCGCCGAACCGAACAGCUCCUUAGCUAGGCUGCGGGCGAAGGCGCGGGUGAAUACCGACGUUAUCAUUGCGAUCAAGGAGGUCUACAUGGGAGAAGUGACGGGCAUCUCUUCGUUCCACGGCCAAACGAAACUCCUCCACGAUUCGUUCACGAAGAACGGCUACUGCGGAGUGUACCGAUCAGUGGACGGGUUGCUGGGCGGCACAAGCAAUGCCUUGGGAUUUCCCAAAGGCUCUCCUCUCAAACCCAAAAUUGACCGAAUGAUUCGAGGACUGAGAGAAUUCGGCAUCCUGAACUACCUCCUCUUCCAGCAAGUCCCCAAUGCUACCAACUGCCUCACCGUCAGCAGGUCCUCGACCAGCAACCUCUCCGAACUGCGGCCGCUGGAACUGAAGGAUUUUUAUGGGGUCUUCUCUCUCUAUGCUGGAGGUCUUCACUCUGCAUAACUGAUCUGCGCUACAACGUAUCUCUUCCUAGGUAUCGUAAUAGCAAGCGUGACCUUCGUGGUGGAGGCCAUAGCGAAAAAGUAAGACGAUGUACUGAGCGCCAUCUACACCUCACUCUGGCCACUUCUUGAAGACCGUUGCUCUGUGGAAGGACUUGCUCACCAUAUGCAUAUUAAUCACUGCUUCUGUACCCAGUUCCGUUGAUUUACUAUAAUACAUGUAUUUAAUGAAGACUUACGGACCCUAAUAUUACAUUUACUAUUAUUAUUAUUAUUAUUUUUUUGUAACAUGUAUUUAAUAAUGGUCGAUUACACACUCACUGGUUACUUUUAAGAGUAAUGAUAUGCUGUAAUAAAGAUUAUUUGGGUAUUCCCUUAUAAUGUUUAUAUGAUCACUAGUUGGUUGUCUGAUUGGUUAUUUUUAACUUUUUGUCCAUUAAAUUCCUUGACUUA